CUUAAAGUCCGCACAGCUCUAGGUAGUGUGUAUCGGGGAGAUCUGGGUUGCAUCUUCUGAAGAAAGACGCAUUUUUGAUACUCCUCUAAACCUUAAGGGGAGUUUUUAGCUUUUGGUCAGCGAGUGGUUCCUGGAAAACAUCUGAAUCGUUUUAUAACCAAACACAGCUGCGGCGCCAGUGUAUGUGUGUGUGCGUGACAGUGUGUAUGUGUGUGUGUUCAUCCGUAUGUGGAAGAGCGAGAGAGAGUGAGGUUAUCUGUUUGCUUCCCUUUCCAAAACGGAAAGAAAGAAAAAAGUUUGGACGUCUUUUUCUCCCAGUAACUUUUUUUAGGCAUGAACGCCGAGACGUGCGUCUCAUACUGUGAUAUGACAUCCAUGGAUUCAUAUUAUAGCCCCUCUGCACCGCAAGGUAGGGAUCAUCCGACGAACCCGUUUAGGACAUUCCAAGCGAGUGACACCAAAUACAGUCCCACUUUCCUGCCCAACAAAGGUCAGGCUUACGGAGAAAAGUCUCGGAGCCCAUUCCAACAGGAGUGCCAGUCAUUGGAUGCCACCGCUGGGGAAGGCACCUUUAACAAAUACCACCUCUUCAUGCAGAGAUCUUCUUGCAAAACCCCCCCUGAAGGAAGCAAACUGCACCAAGAAAGCGGACACAACGGAGCGCUCAUUCCCUGCUAUGGUAAAGAUAGCUCAGGACUGACAGACUCUGACCUGACCCCGAACUCUGACCCCUCUGGGAUGGACGGCAGCUACCUGAGUGUGAAGGAUCAAGGCGUGAAGGGCCCGUCGGACCGACCGGGCUCGGACAUGGCCAGCCCCAUGGACAAGGGCGAGGGUGAGAGCAACAAGGGCAAGAAGAGGCGUAACCGCACCACGUUCACCAGCUACCAACUGGAGGAGCUGGAGAAGGUCUUCCAGAAGACCCACUACCCUGAUGUGUACGCCCGCGAGCAACUGGCCCUCAGGACUGACCUGACUGAAGCCCGUGUACAGGUGUGGUUCCAGAAUCGCCGAGCCAAAUGGAGGAAGAGGGAGCGCUUUGGUCAGAUGCAGCAAGUCAGGACACACUUCUCCACAGCGUACGAGCUGCCUCUUCUAGCCAGACCUGAGAACUAUGCACAGAUCCAGAACCCAUCAUGGAUUGGUGGCGGCAGCGGAGCGUCUCCUGUACCAGGCUGCGUAGUGCCCUGUGACACAGUCACGUCCUGUAUGACCCCUCACCCUCACUCCGGCAGCGGCGUAUCUGACUUCCUGGGCGUCCCGAACCCUGGGGGUCACAUGGGACAGACGCACAUGGGCAGCCUGUUUGGGGGUCCUGGCAUGGGGUCAGGGAUCAACGGGUACGAUUUGAACAGCAUGGACCCGGACCGCAAGUCCUCCAGCAUCGCCGCCUUGCGCAUGAAGGCCAAGGAGCACAGUGCAGCCAUCUCCUGGGCAACAUGAUGCCUCAACAGCAGCAGGACGGGCCUCUGGGAACCCCACCACGUCCAAACCAAGCCAAAGCAGAGAGGGGAGGCAGUCUGUGCUACUAUAACAGAAAUAUUGAUAAUCUAAAAUACUAAUGAUGAUAAAAGCCAUAGCAAAUUGCUGAAGAGGAGAGAAAGGAGAUCUGGACAAUGGACUUCUUUACUUUGUGUCUCUGAUGGGAGAGACCAGUGGACAUCAGAGAUGAACAACAGUCAGUCAGUCAAUCAGUUAGUCAAAGCAUGAGGUGAGAGGCAGGAAAUCGAGAAUCCUUCAAGAGACAAAUGAAUUGGUUGCUUGUUGGAAACAAUGUGCUGGUUGUACAGUAAUUAUAAACUAAAAUACAACAAAAAGAACAAAAAUAGCUGAAUAGAUUUGAACCAAUCCCUGCACUUAUUCAGUUAAUACAGGUAAUGCUGUUUGUACAGAUCUUGAGAUGCGUCCGCUAACACACCUGCUAUUGAGUGUCAAUAUAGCUUUUUCUGUUCAGGUGUUGUUAUACCUUCUUGUUUUCCGGUAUUUAAAUUUUAAGUGUGUAUUUUUUAAAUUCUUUUUGAUCCUGGUUUUAUCACAGAAUCCCUCGUCCCUUUCUGUCAGACCGUGUGCAAAUGCAACUAUUCUCUCCACAUAAACUGCAAACUGAUAUUCACAUAUUUACAUACAUUUGGCCUGAUUUGGGUCUGUGUGUACAUUUGGGUUUCCUUAGGUCAUUUUGGUCAGCAUUACUUCAAGGAGAGGGGUGUAGGUAACGGUCAAGCCCAAAGCCGAUCCAUCUCUGUCAGACUAACUGAAAGAAUGCUGAUAAAAUCAGUCAUAUUCUUCAGUUUCGGAAAGAGGUAAACCAUUUCAAAGGUAGCUAACUGUUUCUGGUUUGCAUGGUCAGCACUAGCAUACUUAAGGUUGGUGCCACCUUCCAACAUUUAAAUGUCAGAUAUAAUUCCAGGUUUGUUUAAGUGCGGGCAGACGGAGAGCCCUACCUGCCCCGCUGACUAAGCCCGCUGAUGGGCCGUCACUGAGCCAGAGAGGGAUGGGGACAAGGAAGUGGUGUGUGUGUGUGAGUGUGAGAGAGGGGCACAGCAGGCCUGCUGGGUCUGGGGCUACAGGGACUGGGAGCACCAGACAGGCUCAGCUCUGUUUGCAGGAGGAGAUUCAAAGUGGACAUGCCAUUUCCUCCCUUGGCAUUUCCUCACCUCGCAUUUCCACCUAGGGAGUUACAGGAAAAGUGCCCUCCAGUCCCAUUGCCAGAAAUAACACCCAGCGGCAGCCUUGAACAGCAGAGAGGCAGUGUAGAUUAUACAGACAGUUUCUGAGGGGGAUAAUAAAAUGCUGACUAAGGCCGUCAAUGUUGACCACUGUCUCUUUUCAUGCAAAGCCUCACUUUGACUGUCAGCUGAGCUGACAGGUCUAUAGUGGGAUGGUAUUCUCAGAGGAGAACCUUUCGUGCUUUUGUUAGAAGUAUUACUUUCUCUCCACACAAAAUAAGCCGUCGGUCAGUUUUAUACCAGGAACCCCAGGUUUCUUUCCACUUGGAGGAGACUUGUGAAGUGAAUCCGUGUGAAACAGUUUGUUGAGGCAAAGGAGGGCUGUGAAUUGGCUGCAGGUCAUGAUGGACUUGGGGGAACAUGUACUGUACAACUUUAUUCCAUCUCUCACUCACUGUUUAUUUUCCUCUUGGAGAGCGCCAUCAGCAGGCACUUAGCAGCUCCACUCUGUUCCAAAACUCUGUUCCAAAACUCUUAUGCAUCUCUCUCAGUCCCAGAUGCAAUGUAUGGCCAUACGCUGUUAGAGACACAUGUAAGUUCAGUGCUGAAUUUCCUGACGGUGUGUAAAGGAUGUGGAGAGGCUGUGUCCCAUGAGAGAGGUGUCAGAGCAGCAGGCUGUGAAAAAGACUGGAUAGCACUCUAGCACAGAGCUGUGAAACAGCUAAGCAUCUAGCAGCCAUGUACAUCUGCCCUGCCAACCCAGUGCAAUUAAUUCUGUUCUCAAGACGUUAUUGCCAUGUUUGCAUCAACAUGAUUACUUUACUAAUGAUAGUAGACAUAUGUUGUUAUAAAUUCCUCAUUCUCCGCGGCCUGCUGUCCUCCUGACAGCUUUAGCAUGACGACUUGUGUUGAGCAGGCUGAAUUUUGGCAACAAACACAUCCUCCCCUCCCCUGGCAACAACCAGAUCCCCCCGUCCCUCCCCUCCUAGCCCCCUCGGCAACAACCAGAUC